UUUAAUUGGUUUGGCGCAGUUUCCACAAGCAAUUGGUACAUUUUCAAAACUCUUCGUACUUAUAUCGCAACAGAUCAUCAAAAGUGCACCUUUUUCAAACAUUUCAGCAUAUUUCCAAUUGUGUUAGUACAAUACACAUAAUGGCAAAAUAUCCUUUUCACUACACAAAAUAAGUGUUUCAUCUAAAUAAAUGUUUCGUUCACAGUUACUGCCUUUCAUAAUGUUAUCCCUAUAAAAUUUUUGAUUUGCAUCUCUUAUCAUUCAGUUUAAUACAUUUGUCUGUCAUUCAAUUCAACUGAUCUUAAUGUUUAAUCAAUGAAUCAUUCAUUAUGUCCAUGGAUUUUCAACUUGACUGAUUGUUGUCUGGUCAUUUGUAAGUUACACAUUGCUGCAAGAGCUUUCAAUCUAGAAAUACUAAUUGCUAAUUGUUUCCCCCUGAUGAUCACAAUUAGUUACCAUAUAAGUAGAACUGUGUUUGAGACUUUGCACUGUUCAAAUAUGGAGCAGGAUAGACUCGUAGGGAGAGGAAACCUUCAUCGAAGAGGUGGUGGUGCUCCUCGACAGAGAGGUGGGCACAGACAAAGAGGAAGAGGUGGUGGUGCUCCUCGACAGAGAGGUGGGCACAGACAAAGAGGAAGAGGUGGUGGUGCUCCUCGACAGAGAGGUGGGCACAGACAAAGAGGAAGAGGUGGUGGUGCUCAACGCACCAUCAUCUCUAAUGAAGUCCGGGCCAUCAUUGUUGACCAUGUGGUUAACAGAGGCUUUACCAUGGCUGAGGCUGCCAGGUUGGUACAGCCUAAUUUACAAAGGUCAACUGUCAGCUCUAUCAUCCAAACUUUUCGCCAAGAAAACCGAAUUAACAGGAGACAACCUGGUGGUGGUCGCCCACGUGUUUUGACUGACCAGCAGGAGUUGGCUGUGGUGGAAAUGGUCAGGGCAAGGAAUGACAUACGGCUGUCUGAAAUCAAACAGGCUAUUGAGAACAGCAAUGACACCUUUGCCAAUGUGCCAUCAAUUAGCCUUCCAACGAUUGCCCGGCUUUUGAAGAAGCACCAAGUUUCCAUGAAACAAAUUUACUUGGUUCCUUUUGAGAGGAACAAUGUCCGGGUGAAACAACUGCGUUCAGAAUAUAUUCAGAGGGUGAUGGAGCUGGACGCUGCUGUGAAUCAUCACAAGUAUAUUUUCGUUGAUGAGGCCGGUUUCAAUCUGGCAAAAACUAGACGCAGAGGACGUAACCUUAUUGGACAAAGGGCUACCAUCCAAGUCCCUGGACAACGGGGAAACAUCUCAAUGUGUGCAGCUAUAUCUGAAGAUGGUGUGCUUCCACCAUGCACAGCUGGUUCAGGAAUGGUUUCAAACACAUCCUCGCUUCAUGACCCUCUAUCUUCCACCAUAUUCCCUUUCCUCAACCCAAUUGAGGAAUUCUUCUCACAUGGAGGUGGAAGGUGUAUGAUCGCCAUCCCCAUGAGCAUGUCUCCCUUCUUCAAGCCAUGUGUGAAGCUUGUGGUGAUAUAA